ACCGUACAGAAGAGGAAGAACAGUGGUCGGAUGAUUUCGACAGCGAUUAUGAAAAUCCAGAUCACCACUCGGAUUCUGAGAUGUACGUGGUCCCCACAGAAGAGAACUGUGAUGAUAGCUAUGAGCCUCCUCCAAGUGAACAUGAGCCGAAGAUGAUCCCAAUACCAUUCACAUGCGCUCAGGGUGUCUAUGCAGUAACGGCGUCAAUAAUGCUGCAGAAUUUAAAAUUCCUCCUGUUAAUGUUCCGUCCCCAUUUCCAAGGAUCACAUAAACCUAUACCAGCUGAACGGCGCCGGGGUUCGAGUCACGACAUGCCUCUCCCACCCAUCCCUUCCAGCAUUCAAAAGCCGUUACCUCAAAAGCCGCCAAUCUUGUCAAGUAAGUAUUCUGACAUUUGAUUUAAUUUCGGUGUCAUUUUGAUCAGGGUGGAAACCUUGCUGAUAAUUAAGUGUGUUUUAUCAGGGCAACGUGGUUUACCCAAAUAUGGGAUGGAGCAUACUGCUUCGCAGUGACGU